GUUGUUUUAAUUUCACGAUUCAAACUGCAUUAUUCAAUUUGAGCUUUUUCUGAUCAAAAUUAAAUUCAAUGAAUUACGUAAUUGGUAUUGAUGUUGGUACUGGAAGUGUACGAGGAGCUCUGUUUACAGAGAAAGGUAAGUUGGAAAAAUUAGCUACCCAAAGAAUAACUACAUGGAAUCCCAAAGAACAAUUUUAUCAACAAUCUUCGGAUGAAAUUUGGUCAGCAUGUUGUACUGUUAUCAAACAACUGAUAAUUGGCAUUUCUAUUGAAAAUAUUAAAGGAUUGGGAUUCGAUGCAACUGCUUCAGUUGUGGUAAUUGAUACUGAAGGAAACUCGCUCUCAGUUAAUGUUGGCGACGAAAAUACUCAAAAUGUAAUUUUAUGGAUGGAUCACCGAGCUGAAAAAGAGGCUAGAAUUAUAAACACGACAGAACAUCCUCUUUUAAAUAAUUCUGGUGGAAAAAUAUCAGUAGAAUCGAUGAUACCGAAACUUUUAUGGCUGAAAAAUAACCAUUCCAAAUGUUGGGAAUCCUCAGGAUAUUUUUUUUUAUUGCCAGAUUUUCUUACUUGGAAAGCUACCGGUCAAGAUUCCAGAUCUUUAUGCUGCGUAAUAGGUAAAUGUAAUUAUCAGUGUUCACCUGAGCUAUCUCAAUGGAAUUAUGAAUUUUUUGAAUCAAUCGGAUUGGGAGAACUGCGAAAUGAAAAUUGGAAAAAAAUAGGCAGCCAAAUCAUUACACCUGGCAAACUUUGUGGAAAACUUACUAGCAAAGCUGCCAAAGACACUGGUUUACUUCCUGGUACUCCUGUCGGUGCUUCGUUGAUCGACGCUCAUGCUGGAGGUAUUGGUAUGUUGGGGUGUUCAUCUGAAGAUGUAUCAUCCGAUUUCACCACUCGUGUAGGUAGCCUAGCUAUGAUUUGUGGUACUUCUACAUGCCACAUGACGCAAACGAAAGAAGACAUAUAUGUUGGAGGCUUAUGGGGUCCAUAUUAUAGUGCCAUGGUCCCGAACAUGUGGCUCUUAGCAGGAGGUCAAUCAGUUUCGGGAAAACUUAUAGAUCACAUCAUAGACAUGCAUCCAGCAAGUAGUUUAAUUAAAAUAAAAUGCCAAAAUUUGAAUGUCGCUGAAUAUUUGGACUGUUUAUUGAAUCGGAUAACAACUGAAAGAGGACUGAAUAACGUCGAUGAGUUAACAAACAAUCUUCACGUAUGGCCAGACUUUCAUGGAAAUCGUUCUCCUCUGGCUGAUUCUUCAAUACGAGGCAUGAUUCAUGGCUUGACAUUAAACGUCGAUGAAGAAAAUUUGGCUUUACUUUAUUUAGCAACCAUUCAAGCAUUAGUGUACAGCACUAAAUUCAUCAUUGAUACCAUGAAGAAAGCAGGACACCAUACAAUGGAAUCAAUUUUUAUAUGCGGAGGUUUAAGUAAGAACAAGCUAUUUGUGAAAACCCAUGCCAAUGCAAUCGGUCUAAAAGUUCUAGUCCCCGAACAAGAAGAAUCAGUGCUUCUGGGUGCAGCAGAACUGGGAGCUACAGCUGCUGGAAUUUAUCCAAAUUUGCAGCAAGCUAUGCUGAAUAUGGCUGGUGCUGCAAAAGUGGAAAUGCCCAAUUUGAAUGUUAACAAAUAUCACGAGAAAAAAUACGAGGUAUUUUUAAAAAUGUUAAAACAUCAAAUUCGAUGCAAAUUGAUCAUGGAAAGCUGAUACCUACUUUACGUUAAGAGAAAAAUCUUUUUGCUUCAAAAAACAGCUAUUGUACUUAUCGAUCAAUGAAAAAAUAGGUGUGUUGAUUAGCGACUUCCUAGGUAGGCUACCUACCUAACCCUACGCAUUCCAGCGAAACAACACCCAAUUGAAAUUCAACCAUCUCGAGCGUGUAAAUAAAAUUUCUAUCAUUGAAAUUACUGA